AUUCUCCUCAUCCUCCUCCUCCACUUCCCUCCCUCUAGCAAUUCCUCCCUCCCUGCUCCAUGCUUUGGAGCUUCACCAUACUUUUCUGUAUGGUGUUGUCCAAUUUGCCUCGCGGUCAAGGUCCAUGCUCGCUGGUAUGCUCCAUACAAGAUAUACAGCCUUUCUAUGCGUGCUUCUAUCAAGAUAGCUGAAGCCACUGCGGAUGACUUACUGAACCUGCCUUUACCCGAUAUUAACCUCCUCAACCCGACCUACCGUUUCUGGGAGACUCCAGGCUCCCCAAUUGUCGCUGUUUCUGCGCCGCACACUGUCGUGGACGCCUGCGCCACACGAGUGGCGAGGCACAUUUCCCGUAGAAAUCUAAGCACCAGCCCUCAAGCGCGCAGUAUUUCUUCGAACGCUUCAAUUUCCCCGUCCCAAGCAACACAGGGAGGACGUGAGACAUCACAGGAAUUAUCUCCAUCCGACCGUGCCUCCACUUCACCUCGGUCACCCAUCUCAUACUCGAUCCCCGCUCCCGCCUCAGACUCUAUCCCUUCUCUUUCACCAUCGCACUCAUCGCACUCAUUGGACGUAGCGCAGAACGUGGACUCGACGCCACCCACAGUUGAUCAUGGGUGCGCCACCUCUGCGACUGCCUCGGAUAUCGCAAAUGAGAAUUCCUCCUCUGUAUUGUCGGAACAACCGUCGACUGAGCCCGCCUCUGCGCCUGUCGAAACACUCCCGCGUGGUGGCAACCUCGCCCAUCUUGCACCUUCCGGCGAAAUCGACCAGGUCGCAACCAAUGGUGCCACCCCGUCUCUAUUGCAUGACGGAGUCGAAGAGCCGGGCCCUCAGUCAGUCCCGAUGCUCACUAGCGAUGCUUCUGUCGUUUUCUCUCCCCGACAGGAUGUGCAGGUGGUCUCCAGCUAUGCUCCCCAAACCGUCAUCGCACCCGCCGAACACAUUCACAACUCCGUCCGACCAUCUUCCUCAACGUCCCCUUCUCGUAACGCCACUCUUCCGACCUCACAACGUGAACGCGGGCAGAAACUGAGGGAGCUGAGAAAGCGCCAGCAGGCAGGCGCAAGCUCUAGCACACCUGUCGCUGGUACCGGUUCCAUGGUCGCGAAAUUGCAAGAGUCUCUUAAACAAGCUUUCGGUAACAACGUCAAAUCGGCCAUCGACAAGUAUGGAAAUCGUAGAACGGUUGACAAAGUCGAUGAACAUCUUGUUGCUGAAAUGGAGGCCUUGAUUGGAGAAGACGACACGGAUACUCUUGCCUCCGAAGUUAAUAGGGAAGUCAACGAGUUCAUGAAUGCUUCUGCGAUGGAGGCAUCUGGUCCUCAGCCUGUUAUAUGGGACGAUGAUGACGACGACGAGGAAGAAGAAAUGGAGCUCGUUGCGGACAUUUGGACUACGCCGGUUGAACCCAAUCUCGCGCCUACAUCCAAGGCAACACAAUCGGUUGAAAUGACCGUCGAACGAGAGCCGCAAACCAUGGUUAUUACUCUCGACGUUGAGGGCUCCGACGAAGUCAUGGACGAGACCGUUGUUGAUGUGGCCACACAAGUUCAAGACCCCGAGGUGGACGCUUUGGCCCAGCGUCUGUCUCUCAUGACACUGGACCCUGGCCCUCUUGCCGAAGAACCUCAUCUUCUGGAGCAGACUCAGGUCAUUAUGAAUGUGUUGCGCCCUAUCCCUCAGACUACGCCGGCGCUCCUACAACAUGACGCGGAUCCGGAGAUGUCCCAAUUUUUACCUGUUGUAGAACUGUCGAAUAAUCUUGCCCCCGUGGUCCCCGAUGUCGACCUCUCACAAGAUCAUGCUAACCAAGACAACGUCACGGAAUCCAUCGUCGAGACCGCUCCAUUGGCCGGGCACGAACCUGAGCCUGAGGAGAUCGCGCCCGCGGAAAUUUCUCAUGUGGUUUUGAGCCCUGCCAACCAGGAUGAGGAACAACAGCCAGACGAACCGGAAAGCGAGUCAGAGGAAGAGGCGGAAAAAAGGCGACAGGAAAAGGGCAAGUUCAGAGAGAUCGUGGUUAACAGUGAAGACUCUGAAGAGCGGAAGCCAGAAAGUACCGUACAGGUGCCCCACCCUGACAAUAACCUCUUGAUUUCUCCCGCCGCAAAUGUCUCAGAAGCACCUUCUCUUGACAACACCGACACCGCACCAUUGACCCUCGAUGAUAUCCUGGGGCGAGCCCCCGGAUCUGACAUAUUGUAUAACCCGCUACCGGAAUUUAGUCUCCUGCAAACCAGAUUCGACCAACUCGAAAGUCUUUACGGUACAGUGGGAGCCUUUCACAUGUUCUUCGACUCGGACCAGCAAGUAAACGAAAAUCAAGUUGCGAGCGCGUCAGGCGUGUCGGCAGAUGUGACAAGCACUAUCUUCGAUUUCCAGGAUUUGACCCCUCCUACUAUCUCUCCAACAGUCGCUGAGGAUGCUACAUCGUUGCCGGAUAUUCAACAACCGGCGCAAGAGGAUUCGUCGUCGCCGGCACUCCCGGUUAAUGACUCCGAACCUACUCCUCAGGGUACCGACACUUCAGGUUCUAUUCCCGGUAGAGUGAUCAAGCCAUUGCCUAAGCGAUGUGAACAACCCAUCAUGGCCCCGAUGCCACCCCUCGAAGAGUGGUUCUGGGAUGAUACCGUACCGUAUACCGACCCUGGAGAAUUUGGAGUGUCACAGACGCAGGACACAAACAGUCAAGUGGAUGACUUCGCCGCCUUUAUGCAAGGAUCAUCAUUCUACGAUUCGCAAGAUGGCGCAGUGCAAAACAACGCAUUCAGUUAUUCUUUGGCGGGCGCUCUUAACGACCAGCAAGUAAAUGAAAAUCAGGUUGCGAGUGCAACACAUGUGACGGCAGAUGCGACAAGCACUGUCUUUGAUAUUCAGGAUUUGGCCCCUCCUACCACCUAUCCAACAGUCCACGCUGAAGACGCUACAUUAUUACUGGAUCCUCAGCUUCAACAAUCGACGGAAUGGGAUUCGUCGUCGUCGGCACUCCCGGCUAACGACUCUGAUCCUACUUCUCAGGGUGCCGAUACUUCAGGUUCUAUUCCUGGUAGAGUAAUCAAGUCAUUGCCUAAGCGACAUGGACAACCUAUCAUGUCCCCGAUGCCGCCCAUUGAAGAGUGGCAUUGGGAUGAUACCAUACCGUCUAUCGACCUUGGGGAAUUUGGAGUGUCAGAGACGCAGGACGAAUACAAUCAGGCCCAGGACUUCGCUGCCCUUAUGAACGCACCAUCGUUCUACGACUUGCAAAAUGGCGCCGUACAAAACAACACGUUCAGUUAUUCAUUGGGGGAUGCCCUUAACGACCAGCAAGUAAAUGAAAAUCAAGUUGCGAGUGCAUCACACGUGGUGGCAGAUGUGGCAAGCGAUAUCUUCGACAUCCAAGAUUUGACCCCUCCUACGGCCUGUCCAACAGUCCUCUCCGAAGACGCUACAUUGCUACUGGAUCCUGAGCUUCAACAAUCGACCGAAGGCGAUUCGUCGUCGUCGGCACUCCCAGCUUAUGACUCUGAACCUACUCCUCAGAGCACCGACACUUCAGGUUCUAUUCCUGAUAGAGUAAUGAAACCAUUGCCUAAGCGACAUGGACAACCCACCAUGGUCUCGAUGCCGCCCAUUGACGAGUGGCUGUGGGGUGAUAUCGCGCCGUAUACCGACCCUGGGGAAUUUGGAGCGUCACAGACACAGGAUGAAUAUAAUCAGGCCCAGGACUUCGCUGCCCUUAUGAACGCACCACCCUCGCAAGAUGGCAUGGUGCAAAACAACACAUCCACUUAUUCAUUAGCGGACGCUCUUAACCCAGAUGCUGGAACCUCGCGAGAUUACUUCGUUGAUGCACAAGCGCAGGCUGACGUAGGUUAUGAAGCUGAUGGCUCAACUAUUGUUACGGCCCAAAUCAGUGAACCAACGCCGUCGUCUUUAUCGGGGGCCCUAGGAUACGAAAUUCUGCUCUCGACACAAGUACCAGGCAACGCAACUCAAGUGGUGUAUGAAGAAACAGCUGGGCGGGAGUACAACGAACCUGAACGUAAUGACUAUGUCGGGGUACAAGACGAUGUCGACUUUUCGACCGUGGACUAUGAAGCCCUGAGCGCACGCUGGGAUUAUUUAAUUACAACAACGUUCGCGCCGGAUGACUCACCAGGAGCUCCACCAGCCGCCGCACAAGAUAAUCAUAUAUUCGCAGAGCCGUCCUAUUCACAAGAGCCGACUUCAAUGAACGGCAUCCAGGAGGAUGCGUCGUUGAACUGGCAAGGCAGCGAUUCAACUGGAUACUCGAUCCCCGUGCAAUAUGAACCGACGCCAACUGUGUCUGCCAACAUCCCUUCUUCUUCAUCCUUCAAUUUCGACUUCGCUUUCUCCCUUCCCUCAGUGGCACCACCUGAAGAAACACACGCUAUCUCAUCUUACGUACCAGAGCCGACUGAUAUACACCUCUCACCUCGACUGGAGGCAUUCGCCCUACAGCUGGAGGGAUAUAUGCUCCCGUCAGGCGAAUCUGAAUUCCCCGCAGAAUCAGCCGAUUUUACGGAAGACAGCACGGUCGUCCAUGAAGAGGUUCAUGUCGCCGCUCCUGAUGCGACUGAGGUUACAGAGGAAGCUCCGGAGCACUCUGUGAUCUCAGCCGCAUCGGUCGAGCCGUGCGAACCUAGCCAUUCUACCGACGCCAUUCCCUUGCUGGUCGACAUCGAACCCACUUCUUCAUACUCUUCUCUGAGUUGGUCUUCCCCUGUCGCCCUCAUCAAUGACGAACCACAUGUUCCAUUUACAUUCAACUUUUCCAUUCCUCUUCCAGUCACUGAUACUGAACCUGUUCAUGAAGAACCUCUGGCGCUCCAUCCUGUGGAUGAUCACCCAUUGGAUCCUUUUGUAGCGCCUCACAGCCUUCAUGAGGACGUUAGUGCGGCAUCUGUCACGGUCGAUGUGCAAUGGGAAGAAGCACUUCUAGUGCAGCCUAAGGACGUCACACCAACCUCCAACGUAGAGGCAGAAGAGGCUUUGGUCACUCAGCCAACAAUUUCGGACGGACUACACGACCAGGUCACCCAGGCGAUUACAUUCGAGACUGCCGAGCCUGAAGCAAACACCUUGUCACCUUCAACGCAGCCAAUGUCCGAUCCAUUGCCAUCGCCGGAAUUCGUAACCCCCACUACUGGACGUUUGCCGCCGUUACCCAUUAUACCUGAGUUAAUCACCCCCUGGUGGGCCACCAGCGACUUGUACGACGACGUAGUAUGCGAUCGACCUUCAGGCGACUCUCCUACAUCCUCGACGUCCUCAACGCCGGUCAGAGUCGAACCUAGCCCGGCCCUGCCUGAAGCAUCCACUGCGACACCCUCGCCUACAGAGCCUCCGAUUAGCAGUCCAGUUAUUCAUCAAGCCACAGUGUCUACGUCCACAGCGAGACCAAUCCCGGCUCUCUCAAGGGAAGAUCUAUCCCUCGCGUUACGCUUUGCAAACGCCACACCAAGAUGGUACUCAUACGGCGGGGGUGCAUCGCUGACGACGCCCCCUGAGUUAGGCCUACGUCUCCCCCGUCGCCGGACGCCCAGAUACGUCCCACCGCCUAUGUCAUCUACACCACCCCGACCGUUAUAUGGGCCGGAUGGUACUCGCCUUCGGAGAAGAACAGUCAGAGACCUCAAGACAGACCAGAGUCAGGUGAAGAAUGAUGAUGCGAAGCCUACGGAAACCGUGCAGCCAGGUCCUUCGAGGUGCUGUGCCGAUAUCUCAUCUGAGGUCGGCAAAGUAGAGCACUCUGGGAACACGACUGCACCGGUCCAGGAAUCAGCGUCAUCGAGCUCGCUUUCUCCAUCGAGAACGCUAGAAGCCGUCGACACCUGCCUUGUCCAGCAAUCUGUCUCCGGAAAUGAGGGUUCUACCACAAGUACUGAUGUGACAUCUACUCUACCGUCAAGCACCGUAUCGUCUCAAGACAUAGGGACAUCCUCAGCCCUGGGUUCCACAACUCAAGCAACCCACGGAUCACAUCAAGAAAGCCCGCCACUCACUACCUCCACGGCAACCCAAACGACUAUCGACGGUGAUGUUAGACAUUAUUCCAUGUGGGAUGACGAAGAUGAUGAAGACAGAGGUGUCUUCCCCUUACCCUCCUUGCUUCAGGGCGCUCUCAUCGGUUUGAGCGUCGCUAUACCUCUUGCCUGGAUCGCCUCUUGGAUCUUGUAAUUUGCCUUCAGUGCCUUCUAUCUGUAUCAUUAUGCUUGCCAUUUCAACAUUGUUGUCGUGCUUUUUUUGUUGUUUCAAAUUUGACCUUGCAUCUGUUAUCCCUAGCUUAUUGUACGUAUUAUUAGAUUUCUUCGUCCCGAUUUCAGCAAGGUUGACAGGAUAAGAAUGAAACGUUGUCUUUGGAUCC